AUGAACAACAAUGAAAUUGGAGAUAUAUUGAGAAAUGUUUUGAAAUCACCCGGCCGGAUAAAUUCUCUCCACGGAAUUUUUGUGAAAAGGCUUAGAAGUAAAGGCCAUGACACUUCAUCAGCUCGGCGUCACGACUUUUUUUCUGGAUUCAGAGCGCGUGACGGAGACGGUUUAUCCGAGGACCAAGUGAAUCGACUUGUCUCACUCACGAGACGAUGGGAUCUUAGUGAAGACAGCCUCAAAGCCUUGAAGGUGUGCUCGCUGUUAUGGACUGUGAAGCCUUGUUUGUUUUGGCAUGGAAAAAAGCCAGACAAAAACGUUCUUUUACGUUCUUUUGAUGACUUGGAAAGAAUGCGAGAAGUUGACCCGGCUAGACGCAAAUGCUUGCUGGUGACAUUGUCUAGGCAAGUCGUCGAAGAACAGGGAAGAUGCCAUCGGGCAAAUAUUGCAGCGAAAAAAAGAGAGAGGAAUCGACCGACAGCGGGCAGACGAACAAGCUAUACAGUGCGAAAUCCCCUUCUUCUAACCUCUUCACUGCGUGCUUUGUGUCGGCGAUUUUGGCCAACUCUUGACAAAAGUGCCCACAACGAUAGAAAAAAACGAAUCUCCGCCUAUUCGUUGUGGGGAUGGAAAUGGGACCAGUUGAAAUAUGUCGAGAUGAUAUUGUCCUUAUCGCAAGCUCCAACAAAAACAUUCGAGACCUAUAAUUGGCACAAGAUGGAAUUCGAGGCCAUCAAUGGCUACCUUGAAACCCUUCCACAGUUUAGCAUUCGAGAUUUGCUCUUGCAAUCAUGGGAGUCUAUUGAGUCUUACUACCAUGGUGAACAGUAUCCUAGCCCUGGUAUAAGACAUCCAGCAACACCAUACCAGGAAUCAACAAUAUCGAUUGAUAGAGAAUCAAAUGAUGUUCUUACCAACCAAGAACACGGUGAUCCUAUAACCGAAAUGGAGAAAAAUGCAGUGGACGGUAUGCUCCGUUCGCAGCAACCCGACAAUACGUUCCUCCCGGCCAAUCCUGAUAUGACGUCCCACAACGUUUUCAAUGCCGCGCAACUUGGCUUGCCAAUGUCCUUCUCGAACUUAGAUUUUUCGCAGGACACAGCUGAUUCACGGCAAUUAGACCAGGCAAUGCUUCCAGCUGAUACCAUGAUGACGCAUAACAUCUUCAAUGCCGCGCAGCUUGGCUUGCCGAUGACCUUGGCGAAUCUGGAUUUUUCGCAUGACACAGUUGAUUCACAGCAACUAGACCAGGCAAUUCUUCCAGCUGAUACCAUUAUGACGCAUAACAUCUUCAAUGCCGCGCAGCUUGGCUUGCCGAUGACCUUGGCGAAUCUGGAUUUUUCACAGGACACAGUUGAUUCACAGCAACUAGACCAAGCGAUGCUUCCAGCUGAUACCACGAGGUCCCAUAACAAUGUUAAUGCUGCCCAGCUUGAUCUACCGAUGUUUUUUACUAGCUCAGUCCCUGGCUCAGAACAUAUCUGA